AUGGAGCAGACAAAGGCCCUCAACGCUCUCGAGCCCUUCCUAGCACUCUCUAAAUCCGCCACCUCUGACCGCGCUGCUGCCGACCUUGUAAUCAGAGCUACAUCAGCACCAAACACAUUCCUCUUCGCCGAACUCAUGCAAACACCCGCCAUCGAAAAACUCGCUAAAUCCGAGUUGACCUCACAUAGCGCGCUCCUCCAAAUAUUUGCCUGGGGCACAUACUCUACAUACCGAAGCACAGCGGGCUUACCAGAGCUGAACGAAGCUCAGGCAACUAAACUGCGCCAGCUCUCGCUUCUCUCGCUGGCUCGCGACCGAAAGAACCUAUCGUAUGCCGCACUGCAGGAUGCGCUGGAGCUUCCUGGCCCACGCGAGGUCGAGAAGCUGGUGAUCUCAGCUGUCUAUGCCGGUCUGCUCCAUGCUACACUUGACCCAGCCCGCGCUACUGUGCAGGUCUCUAGCGUUGCACCUCUACGUGACCUGGCUCCCGGCGCGGUGCCCGGCCUGAUCGAUCCCCUCAAGAUAUGGUCUGACCGCUGCACCACCACCCUCAGCGCCCUCGAGCUUCAGAUCAACGAGAUUCGAACGACAGCCGCGGCACGACAGCGUGAACAGCGGAUGGCGGACGAGAAGCUGCAAAAGUUGAUGAACGAGCAUCAAGACGGAAAUGGACCACGUAAAUACGAAUUACCAAGCAUGACCCGUGACACGGCGGGGAGGAGAGGGUUUAACAAGCGUUCUGUUAUGGAUGUAGGUAACCUGGUCGACAACGACAGCAUGGAUGUCGACGAGUCUGAGGAAGAAAAGAAGCGUGCGAGCAAGCGCAAGCUAUGA